AGAUCUGGCUGGAGUUGGCAUCGGCCGGCCGAUGGCGGUCAGACUCGGGUGUAAGUUUUGCUAGCUGCCUGGAUGCUGGAAAGCGGCUACUUUGUACUCCGCUGCAGCAGCUACAGGAGGACUGCCUGGAGGCGGUGGGAUGGACUCACGUGGCAGCUUGGAAAACUGGAUCACGGCUCAGAAAUUACUUGACACGCGCUGUGCCGAGGAUUCGGUUGGCGAGCAAGAUCGCAAGCUGCUGCAUCAGGAGUUGCGGGCUUCAAUCGUGUUCACUGUACUUUGCAGUUGCUGGCACUCUUGCAGGCUAGAAAAGAUUUGACAAGUUUGCGUUACAGUGUUUGUGAUUCCACAAUAACAUAGAACAGUGAGGCAGAGUCAAACAGCGUACCUGCCAGGCCAGACGCAUUUGCAUGGCUUUGAUUGGCUUUGCGGUGAAGUCGCCAGAGGGCCAGACCGGGCCAGGCGCUGUCGAACGGGAUGCUGGCGACAGCCAGAGCAUUUCGUAUUGCGAGAGCCUUCUGGCGAUUGCAUUCCACAUGCUUGCCGGCGCCAGACAGGUGCCAAGCCAAUCUCCUGAGGUGCCUUUCACAGAAGAGGACGUGUUCUGGCUUAUGAUUGCGCUCGCACAUGGCGCCUACCGUGACUUCUUCUUGAGCCCACCGAUUUCCCACACUGACAGCACUGACACGUGGGGACAAGGGCCAGCCGAGGAUGCACUUCUCCUGGACUGUGCCUUGGCUGUCCACGAGCCACAGUUGAGAGCCCACCUGGCUGCACUUGGGGCACCAGCUGGAGCCGUCUUUUGGCCUCAUUUCAACCGACUUUUUGCCGGCGUACUCCUGUCUGUCCCUCUCAGACGCUUUUGGGAUCUUUUGCUCGGAGAGUUGGCCAAUCCAGAUGCAACUCAUCCACGUCUUGUGCUGGUGGAGUUGGCAUUCGGCAUAUUGCAAGGACACCGAGAUGAGCUUUUCAGAUGCCAAUCUGCGUCCGAACUGCAGCAGUAUGUCAGCGCCUGCUUUGCGAGCCUUUGUGACCCAGAGGACAUGUUGGACCUGAUUUCGCAAUCAAAGGAUGUCCUAUGGCAGGGCUUCAGCCGACACCAGGUUUUCAGCUUGUGGCAAACUACUUCCGCCAAGUUCAUCAGGUUCUACUGGCAGCACCGCCAACAGGACCUUGUCAUUAGGAAGCUGUGCAGCUUGAAUCCCUUCACCGGCGAAACAUUCAGGCUGUCGUUGGACUUUGUGCUUCAGGAGGUCCUUCCUGUCUUGGACGCCGCUCUGCCUGACAUGCGACGAGGUGGUGCACUACGGCAAGUGCCAGAGGAUUUGCUUGAUCUCAUGCUCGGCGAAGGCUUAGCCAGCACAGGCUUCAAGAGCUUCCUGGCCACCUUGGCCACUGUCGGUGCCACCGCCUUGGGAGUGGAGAGUCAUCACACGGACGGGACGCCAGAGAUGCCGCAUGUGAAGCCCUGGGUUUGUGGCAGAGAAGUGCCAGAGACUCUCACCUCCGAGAGGUGGGCUGUGGCCGUGGAGCAACUGCCAGGCUGGCGUGACCAAGCUGAGGAUGUGUUUGCUGCCUUCUGCUGGGAUGCUUGGUCGCGCAUCGAGCACGAGAGUAACGACAUGAGCUUGAACGAGUUUGUCGCCGUGAUGAUUUGCUGCUGCCACGGCACCGCUGCGCAAAAGGCUGCUGGACUUUUCGAGCUUUUCGCCGAGCCACCUAGGCCAGAGAUGCUGGACAUGCUGCCUCACAGGAUACCCAUCUCGCGCAUGGCUCACCAGCUGAGUGGCAACGCGGAAAGCGAGGAGGCAGAAGCAUCAGCCCGUGCAGUGUGCGCACGCCUUCCGCCACCAGCAGAUCCGAAGAUGAUCGCAUUGCAGAUCGAGGUUUGGGCCAACGAAAUCUGCAAGAUUGGCGAUGCCUUCAUCAGAUCACUGUGGCCCUUCACAAUGGUCCCGAUUGAUGACCUACAGGACGUACUUCGUACAGGAUUGCGGCUUCCCAUUUGCAGCUCUCAGGGAGAAAGUCCUUCCGGCGAGCUGCACCUGGGCAUUUCGUGGCUUCCUAGGAACAGGCAGCAAACACCAGAGGUGGGAACCCUAUCGAUCUGUGUCGGCGGUGUUCGCUUCAAGUCUGCCAGCUUCAAGUCUGCUGCAGAAGCAAGUCCUUGGGUGCAAGUCUUCGUCUAUGACAAGGAAGGGCAGAAGCGUUCACCUGCUAUCAGCGGCCAACGCUGCUUGGGCGAGACGGAUGGCCUUCUGCCAGUGUGGGCGCAAAGCUCGCUCGACAAGACAAUGGUGUGGGAGGCCAAGGAUGCCAGUUGGCAAGAAGAUGGGCAGCAGUGGCAGUGGGCUCCAAAGCUGCUGCAGUCCUCCUCCAGCCUGCGGCUACCACCGGAGAAGGUCCGACCGCAUCUUCAGAGGAACAUCUCCCUGCAGAGCUGCCGGUUGGUGGCAGAAGCGCUUGUAAGGCGGGGCACCCUGUACCUCACCUGUCGGCAAGUAGCACAGUUGGCAGACCGAUGCUUCCACAGGCACGGAGACUCUGCCAGCAUCCUGGAAGCUUUGCUGCUCGAAGGGAAGGAGCAUCCGCCAGCCACAUGUGAAAUGCAGCGCUACUGCGAUGAUCAAGGCCGGCCAUACAUGAAUGUCACCAGUCACAUCACGCUGGAGAUGGAGAAGCAGAUGUUCGAUGGCUGCGGGAGCCUCAACCUUUCCGGACAGGCAGAAGGUUGUUUGGAUGCGCUGCAGAUUACAGAUCCCUUUCCGGGGACACCCAAGCUGCUUUAUUUGCGCUUUGUGCGUGCGGGAGAUGGCCAGUGCUGCACUGCAUGGGUGGAACUGGAUGGAUCUGGCUGUUUGGUGUCGCUUCAAGAGGUGGACAUGGACUCUUCGAGCUACAAGCCACACUUGUUGAACAAAGAAGAGUUCAUCUCCUGCAUUCUGGCGUUCCCAGAAAUAAGCGAGCCUUUGCGGCGGCAAACGUCACUUGCACUCGCACGAAAUGGCAUGCCAUUGCAAGAGGAGACUGGAGCUUUGACGUUGGAUGUCGUGGUGGAGUCUUCCGCCAAGCCUUUAGCGACGCUGCCCUUGUCUUCCAAGAACAAUUUGCCCGUUCUGUUUGGUGAGGACCCGUCAGGCCACGCUGCUCCGCUAGAUGGAGCUGGGCAUGGAGUGAAGGUGUUCAUCAAUGACACCCUCUGGGAGUUCUUGGCCAAAGUGCAAGAGGCAUGCGCGAAGUUGUCCUCCAGCCUGGCCGACCAGGGGGGACUUCAGGAUGCGUCCGACAAGUACAAAGCCGUCGCGAUAGGUUGGGAGCAGACUGUUUUGGCUUUUGUACCACAUGCGAAUCCCAAGGAGUCCUUGCAAGCUCUGGUGGGUGCACACGCUGAUGCAGCGAGCUGGAUGGUCCUUGACAAGGACUGCACCUUCCAGAACUACAACAUGUUGUAUCGGGACGACAAUAUGCCGCCGUGCCUGAAGGUGGUGCGACGGUCAGCGUUAGCGAGUGGCGAGGAAGCUCUCAUAUGAGCGAGGUGGGCCACGAGCCUGUGAGCUCCUGCUAAAUGACUCACAGCUGCAGGACGGCACAAAGCGGCCUGCUUGUGGAGUGAGAAUAUUUCUUUGCUUGCGGCUGUGUGGCGCCUUCAUGCCGAAGCUCGGCAUCAGAUGGUUUCCACUAGAGGUGGUGCAAAUCAAGCAGAGA